GUGAGCUUAAAUGUUGACAUCUAUAAUACUUGUCCUUGUUGUCAUUACUGCAGAUGUAUCUGCUGAAAGUUCAUGCCAAACAACAGACGGCCGAUAUGAAGUCAGCAUAACUGGUAGAGGAAUCGAAAGUGAGAAAAUCCCUCAAGUUAUUGCAUUUCAUGCUUACAUUUCAAAACACGUGUUUCCAGGAGCUGGUCGUAGAUUUGUGUUUGAUGUGACAAAGACAAACCAAGGAAAGGGAUACAACAACCAUACUGGAGUAUUUACAUGUCCUAAGACAGGGAUGUACGUAUUUGUCUGGGUCAUGAGAAGUUUGGCAGGCGAGCAUUCGACUGAACUGAUGAUAAACGAUUCCGUUUACGGGUCCACAUUCUUACGCGCCAAAAACGGUGAUGAUGGAUCAGUCAGUGGUACAGUUGUUGCACAUGUGACGAAAGGUGACUCGGUCUAUGUUCGGAACCAUUCUGUGCUUGCCGGAGAUGGUAUGAUUGCCAGUAACUUACAUGGUCAAUCAACAUUUUCCGGAUGGCUACUCCAGUAGA